CGUCAAAAUUUGACUGACAAUUUCAGCUGAGCGGGACUUUACGUUGCGAAUUAACAAACAAACAGUACUGCUCAAUAAAUAGUGUUAACAAAAACUAUUCAGACCACAUUGUUGUUGCACAAAAUCAAAACGACACGAAAGAUGGCACAAAGCGAAGCUGGAAAUUCAUCAAUAACUACAACAACCGUUGUAAAUGAUGGACCUGACGAAUUUGGACCACAUAUGAUUGCAACGCUUUCGGGUGUUCAAGGAAUCACAAAUGGUGAUAUAGAAAGACUGAAGUCAGCCGGAUACCAUACAUUGGAAUCCCUCAUGUAUGUACCGAAAAAGGCAUUAAUCGCAAUCAAAGGUUUUUCCGAAGGAAAAGUGGAAAAAAUGUUGGAAGAAGUAUGCAAACGAAUACCAUUGGGAUUUGAGACGGCAUCCGCAUUUCAUCACAAACGAUCUGACAUUGUGUUCUUGACAACUGGCUCACGUGAGCUAGACAAGUUGCUUGGCGGUGGAAUUGAAACCGGUUCAAUCACAGAAAUGUUCGGCGAAUUUCGAACGGGUAAAACUCAAUUGUGUCAUACAAUGGCUGUUACGUGCCAGUUACCAAUAAGCCAAGGCGGCGGUGAAGGAAAAUGCCUGUACAUUGACACAGAAGGAACAUUUCGUCCCGAACGAUUGUUGGCGGUGGCCGAACGAUUUAAAUUGAAUCACAAUGAGGUUUUGGAUAAUGUUGCCUGUGCCCGAGCGUUCAACACAGAUCAUCAGACUGAAUUAUUGAUUCAAGCUGCCGCAAUGAUGUCGGAAAACCGUUACGCAUUACUCAUUGUCGACAGCGCCACAGCGUUAUAUCGAACCGAUUACAAUGGAAGAGGUGAGCUAUCAGCACGUCAAAUGCAUUUGGCCCGGUUUUUGCGUAUGUUACUACGAUUGGCUGAUGAAUAUGGUGUGGCUGUGCUCAUAACAAAUCAAGUGGUGGCAUCAGUGGAUGCGUCUGGACCAAUGUACCAAGCCGAUCCAAAAAAACCAAUCGGUGGCAAUAUAAUCGCGCAUGCAUCAACAACACGUCUCUAUCUGCGAAAAGGACGUGGCGAAACACGAAUCUGCAAAAUUUACGACUCACCAUGUCUUCCGGAAUCUGAAACUCCAUUUGCCAUUGGCACCGAUGGCAUUAAAGAUGCAGAGGGUUAGGUUGGAUCCAUGUGGAUCAACAUGAAUAGAAUCAUCAUUGAAGCCUUAUUUAAUUGAUAAAUGAAAUAACCGAACUGAUACAAGGCUAGAUAUAAGCAAAAUGAAACAAAACGAAAGAUAACUAACGGAAUCAUUCAAUAAACAUAUUUUUUUUUAUUAAGA